AUGGGCAAAACCUCAAAGCUCAACCUAAAAUCAAAAAUUAACUUGUACAAACUACUAAUAAAACCCAUUUGGACGUAUGGAAUUCAGUUAUGGGGAGCUGCUAAAAAAACAAACAUAAACAAAAUUCAAGUAGUCCAAUCAAAAACUCUCAGUCUCAUCACUAACGCCCCUCCUUACGUCUCGAAUGAAACUCUACACUCAGACCUGAACAUACCGUAUGUCAAUGAAGUCGCAAAAAAUCACUAUAAAUUCCACAACAGGCUACAAAAUCACACCAAUCCCUUCAUUAAAGAUCUUUCAUCACACUCCCUUCCGGGUAAUACGGUNAGUCAAUACCACAUUUACCCUCAAAAUGCAACAACCCCCUCCAGUAUCACUAAAUAACGAAAUAAUCCCUAAUUCGGACACGGUCAAAUAUUUAGGAUUAUACUUUGACAAAAAACAACUGGGCCAAACACAUUCACAUGACCAAACUAAAACUAAAUCGAAGACUUUCUAUUCUCCGUAACACUAUGGGCAAAACCUCAAAGCUCAACCUAAAAUCAAAAAUUAACUUGUACAAACUACUAAUAAAACCCAUUUGGACGUAUGGAAUUCAGUUAUGGGGAGCUGCUAAAAAAACAAACAUAAACAAAAUUCAAGUAGUCCAAUCAAAAACUCUCAGUCUCAUCACUAACGCCCCUCCUUACGUCUCGAAUGAAACUCUACACUCAGACCUGAACAUACCGUAUGUCAAUGAAGUCGCAAAAAAUCACUAUAAAUUCCACAACAGGCUACAAAAUCACACCAAUCCCUUCAUUAAAGAUCUUUCAUCACACUCCCUUCCGGGUAAUACGGUAAGGAGACUCCAGCGUAAGUGGCCCAGAGACUGGUUAACAUAA